AUGCCUUUUAAUUGGACAAAUUUUAUUUCAAUUCAUUCUCAAUCAUCAAUGAAUCCAUCCGAAUUUGAACAAGCUAGAUGUUAUUCACCUUUUCUUAUAUUUAUUUUCAAAACACAACCUAUGCUUUUAUUAAUAUUUGGUUUUCUAGCAAAUUUAUGUUCAUUUGCUGUACUUAUACGUCCACGUUUACGUCGUCGACCAACAUUCUCAUAUCUUGCUUUUCUUAGUUUAUCAAAUUCAUUAUUAUCAUUGAUACAUGCAAGUUUUACUAUUCUUGGAGUUUAUUAUGGUUUAACACUUGAUAAUUUACCAUUAUUUAUUUUUUGUCGGUUUUUAAAUCGAUUUGCCAUCGAUUUUUUAACACAUUUUUCAUUAUAUACAUUAACAGCUGUGGAUCUGGAUCGUAUACGUACAGUUACAUCUAAAACAGCAAGUACUCAUCGAAAUAGUCGUUCAAAUGCUGGAAGACAACAUGGUUGUGCUGAAGCAUUUAUUCGUGUAUGUUUAAUUGAAUUAUUUCUUGCAGUCGUUCUUUUCCUCCUUAAUACACAUUGGCUUACAUCUUAUGGUUACAUUGUGCCUUCACCUGAUGGUUUAAAUGAUGUAACAGAAUGUACAAUACCAUAUUUAAAUAAUAUAACAAGAUUAAAUCCUUUUUCAAUAGCUUACAAUAAAUAUUUAACAUCAAUAUUACCUAUAAUAGAAUUGAUUUUAUUUAAUAUUUUACCAGUUUUUAUAAGUCUUCUUGCAACAAUUGUUAUAUUAAGACAUGUAUCAAUAAAAUAUACACUUUUAAAUCAAAUAAAUAAACGUUUAAAAAAAUCUCGUCGUCGAAUGGAAUUACAUUUAUCAAUAUUACUUAUAUCAUUAAAUUGUGUAUUUAUAUUAUUUACAACUCCACAUAAUAUAUAUAGUGUUUAUAUUGGACAAUUACAACGACGUUUAGGUAGUAAACAUGAAAGUGAGGGUGAAUUAUGUUCAAUAUCAAUAUUACAAAAAAGUUUAGAUUUAUUACAACAAUGUUAUUUCAUGUCAACAUUUUUUCUUUAUAUAUUAACAAAUAAACGAUUUCGUGAAGAAUUUUAUGAAUUAAUAACAAGAAACUUCUUUUUAUCAUGGAGAAGUCAGAAAACAAAUCAUUCAUCAGUACAAAGCACAACACGUCGACGUCAUCAUCGUCAUCAUCGUAACGAUAAUGAUAGGAAUAAUAAAUCCAGCGAUUUACAGCAACCAGCACGAUCUAUGGGAGACGGUCCAAUGUCCCUUACUGAUGACAUAACAAGAGAUGAUUGUGAAGAUAAUGAUCCAACAUCAAAAGCUUAUUAUUCAAGUAACAUGCGUCGUAAUCCUUCACCGCCAACUUUUGCUUAA